GAAUAUAUAUUUUUUGUGAAGCCAGCCAUAACAAGAAAAUACCGUCUCUCGUGAAGGUAGUCAACACAGAAAAAGCAUGGCGUUUCGACUAGUAGUCGUGGUCACUUUAACCAUGUGCGCAUACGUUGCCUCAGAAUGGGUAGAAGAAAUGGAAAAUCCCGGCUUAUUUGAAGGAGAUAUGAUUUUAUCUCCACAACAGCUAGAAGCUGCACGGAAAGGAAAGUUAUCUUAUGCUACCACAAUCGGAAAACAAUGGCCUGGAAAAACCGUCCCUUAUGCUUAUGAUCUGACAAUUAAGGCGAGACCACGAGCGAUAAAAGUCAUUCAAGACGCAAUAGCGGAAUAUCAUGAUAAAACCUGCAUAAAAUUCAAAGAGAGAACAAACGAAGCCAAUUACAUCAUGUUUUACCAAGGCGGAGGAUGUUCGUCAUAUGUCGGCUUCAAAGGUGGACCAACAAUGCCGAUGAAGGUAAGUCUUGCACCAGGAUGUUGGAGAAAAGGAAUUGUCAUCCACGAACUGGCUCAUGCUUUAGGUGUAUAUCAUGAGCAAAGUCGUCCAGAUAGAGAUGGGCACGUAGAAAUACAAUGGCAAAAUAUUAAACAAGGCAUGGAUUUUAACUUUAAGAAGCAAGCAACAUCAAAAGUCGAUUCGCUUGGAACAGAUUACGACUACGAGUCCAUCAUGCAUUACGGAAAGACAGCAUUUGCUAAAACACGUGGUCUUGUUACCAUAAAAACAAAAGAUCCCAGCAAACAAGACGUGAUUGGGAGAAGAACAGGAUUCAGCGCCAUCGAUGUCAUUCAGAUGAACAGGCUGUAUAAUUGUGGUUCAGGACCCAUACCAACAAAACAAACAACAAAUCCUGUAGUAACACAAAGUCCUACAGGCUCUGCAGGUUGCAAAGACGGUAGUCCUGCAUGUCCGGGCUGGAAAUCUAUCUGUCAAAGUCACCCGCAUAUCGCACAAAUUUGUAAAAAGACGUGUAAUCUUUGCUAAGAAACAAAAGUAUUUUCUGAUUG